CCCUUCCACCAUUUCCCCUCGGAGGCGCUUCCCUUGGGCAGGGGCAGAGCCGGCCUCACCCCGCGCCUCUCCCCGGCCCCCGCCGCCCUAUGGCGAGAGGGCGCCCCCUCCUCACCCGGACACCACCAGCGGCGGCGGUCGGAGGAGUGGGACCGGCGGCGGCGGCGGCCUCGGGCCCAGGGUCAUCAUGGAAUUAGUUCGCUGACUGACCCUUCGGCCGCAGCCGUGCGUCCCGCCCGAGUGCCCGCGCCCGCCGGCCCGGUCUGCCCUCUUCUCCCUCCUCAGUCGGCCCGGCCCUGGUCCCGCGCGCCCCGCCGCCGCGCGCCGAGGAUCAUGAGGUGGUAGCGGGCCCCCGGAUGACCCCGCGUCACCACUGUGAGGCCUACAGCUCUGCCGAGGAGGAGGAGGAGGAGGAAGAGGAGGAGGAGGUAGCUACAUCAAGCUGGGUGGCAGGCAGAUCCAAAGGGAUAUCAUGAAGUUUCCAGGACCUUUGGAAAACCAGAGAUUGUCUUUCCUAUUGGAAAGGGCAAUCUCCAGGGAAGCCCAGAUGUGGAAGGUCAAUGUGCCGAAAAUACCUACAAAUCAGAAUGUUUCUCCAACCCAGAGAGAUGAAGUAAUUCAAUGGUUGGCCAAACUCAAAUACCAGUUCAACCUUUACCCAGAAACAUUUGCUCUGGCAAGCAGUCUUUUGGACAGGUUUUUAGCUACAGUAAAAGCCCAUCCAAAAUAUUUGAAUUGUAUUGCAAUCAGCUGCUUUUUUCUAGCUGCUAAGACUGUUGAAGAAGAUGAGAAAAUUCCAGUGCUAAAAGUAUUGGCAAGAGAUAGUUUCUGUGGAUGUUCCUCAUCUGAGAUUUUGAGAAUGGAGAGAAUUAUUCUGGAUAAGUUGAACUGGGAUCUUCACAUGGCCACACCAUUGGAUUUUCUUCACAUUUUCCAUGCCAUUGCGGUGUCAACUAGGCCUCAGUUACUUUUCAGUUUGCCCAAAGUGAGUCCAUCUCAGCAUUUGGCAGUCCUGACCAAGCAGCUACUUCACUGUAUGGCCUGCAGCCAACUUCUGCAGUUCAAAGGAUCCUUGCUCGCUUUGGCCAUGAUGGACAGUUCCCAGCUGAUCCACUGUCGGGAGCUGGUGGCACAUCACCUUUCUGCUCUGCAGUCUUCCCUGCCUCUAAAUUCCGUUUAUGUCUACCGUCCCCUCAAGCACACCCUGGUGACCUGCGACAAGGGAGCGUUCAAAUUGCAUCCCUCCUCUGUCUCAGGCCCAGAUUUCUCCAAGGACAACAGCAAGCCAGAAGUGCCAGCCAGAGGUCCAACAGCCUUCUACCAUCAUCUCCCAGCUGCCAGUGGGUGCAAGCAAACCUCUGCUAAACGCAAAGUGGAGGAAAUGGAAGUGGAUGACUUCUAUGACGGGAUCAAGCGGCUGUAUAAUGAAGAUAAUGCUCCUGAAAAUGUGGGUUCUGUAUGUGGCACUGACUUAUCAAGGCAAGAGGGGCAUGCUUCCCCCUGUCCACCUUUGCAGCCUGUUUCUGUCAUGUAGGUCAGGGGUUCCUUUCCAGUGCACACUAGGCUCACUACUCAGAAGUGAGACUAGGAGGCCAGCAGAGGCUGUAGAGAAGGGCAUGUGCUGUAUCAGACUGACCUGAAGUGAGCCAGGGAAAAAGAAAACCACCCUUAUUCUUUUGUGUAGUUACUUGUAAUUCAACAUUAUUUAAUAUAAAGGCAUAUAUUUAUAGACUCAAGUUCCAAAAUGUAUUUAAAAGUAAAGAAAAAGUUCUUUCUGCUAUGUCAGUUCCACUUUUUUCUUUGUUAAAAUAAGUUUGCCCCAUGUCCUAAAUAAAUAAAAAUCAAUGCUUAAGGGGGGAAAGUUGAAAAACUCAUAGCUAGAAACCUUGUUCAGC